AUGACUGAUUUAAUGAAUACAUCAACUCAUUCUCAUCAUUAUCCACCUAAUCCAAAUGAAGUUGUUGGUAAUCGGCGACCAGCACGUCCAACAAGUGCUCAACAACGAUCGACAACACCAACACGUAAUCGACCACAGCAUAAUACAACUAUAAAUGGUUUAAAUACAACAGCAAAAUUAGAACAAUCAAUAAUGAAACAUGAAUUAGAUCGUACAAUGGCAUCGACACAUUCUACAAAAUUAAAUGGAAAAGGAAAAAAUCGUUUAUAUUCAACUUGGACGCCAUUACAAGAUGAUGAAACAAAUGCUCGAUUAUUUGAUGAACGAAAACAACUUGCGAAUAAAUGGGUAUGUAUCGGGUGUCCCAGGAAUAAUGAGCCUCGCAGUAUUUUUAAGAUUUCCUGUCUAUUAUCACUGUAAGUAAAGCUCUCAUUAUUAUCAAAAGAUAGCGCUUAAAAUUCUCUACAAAACCAUAGAUGACUAGGCUCAAAAAUAGUUUUAGGUAUAUUUGAAAAAAGACGAAAACUAAAGAUAUACAAAAAGCUGUAAAAUGUAAAUAACGAAUGUUCCAUAAUAAAUGGUUGCGCUUUG